AUGCGCUCUGCGCUCGCCAGCGACUCGGGUGCGAUCAACCCCACCAGAUCAUCGGCGGGGAAAAAGAGGAGGCGAAAGAAGACCCCAUUACAAACUUCCGACGAUGGCGGCGCGUCAUCCUCCAGCAUCGAGGUGCCGGAAAAGACGAUGGCUGUCGAGGAGGUGGUUCCGGUGGUUUCGGGGCCUGCCACGUCGGAAGAUAUGAUGCCUGCUCCCCAGUGGGCACCAGUAAGGAGGAGGGGCGCGGUGUCACCGGCGACGUCGGUAGAGUCUAUAUCGACGUCGGCCGCAUCCCUGGCUAGCGGGGAUGAAACAUUCCGCGACCUUGACCUUGCGCUGGUGAAUCUGGGCAAGCUGCUGUCGACCGUGGCUGCCAAGGGCGCCGAGCCAGGCAGCAGCUACCGAAAAAGGCUUCGAGAAGGAGCCGCUAUGGUUAAGACGAGGCUGAUCCCCACUAUGUCUAAGCUGUAUAACUUGGUGGCGAGCCGGGAAGGGGAUAAAAAAGGUCUCGUCGCGCAGCUUGACCCCAGGGAGAGUAACAUCCCGGGGGACUCCCCGGCCUUACGGGGAGGGACCCCCCUGUCGCCAAUGCCUGCGCUGACACGCUCUGGGCCCCUCGCAGAGGCGAUGGACACCGACGUGCCCUCGCGGGCCGCGAAGAGUGUGCCGGCACCCAUGCCAGUGCCCACCCCUGUGGCCUCUAUUCCUCGAGCACCUACGUCUGCGCUUUCUCGCCCCCCGCGGAGGGUUGAGUUAAGGCCUGCGCUGCCUCCCCGGAUAUCGGCCGCCCCUGCAUCCGUGCAGAGAGGAGUGCAACGGCCUGCGCCAGCACAAACGGAGGACAUCCGUUCGCCACUGGCGAGGAUGGUGGACGAGUGGCCGGCACUGCCGCGGCCCAGAUCUACAGAGCCGUCUCUUUCGGCCCCGCGUGCCGUGGGGCCACAGAGUCCACACUACGUGGCUGCUGGUAUGCGGGAGGUGAACAAUUCCCUCCCAAGCAAAGAGGAAAUGGUGGCCUGCAUUUCGCGGGCGGUGGCAGUAGAGGUCGGAAAGCACUUUGCCAGCCUUGAGGAGAUGCUCCGCUCCUCGGUUGAUUCCGGAGUCUGCGUCCUGGCGCCAAAAGCCGCAGCCGCCCCGCGCGACCAAUCCACUCGGCCGACCUCUGCCUCUACCCCCUCUGCGAGGAUGGUACAGCGUGGAGGCCGAAACCAGAACAGUAGGGCUGCGGGUGCUCCGCGAUCCCAACCACAGUCUCGUUCCCUUCCUCCUCCUCCGUCAAACAUGGACGAGGGCUGGACAGAAGUGGUGAAGAAGGGAAAUAGAGUAAAGGGACAGACAGCAACUCUGGCAGCUCCCCGAAGGGGUCGAGCGCCGAUCAAUGCAACUCAAAAUACAGCGCUGGUGGCCAUGGCUGCUCCUCGCGAGGGUAGAGCACCGGCCGCCAGCAAGAAGAAAAGAGAAAGGAAGAAGCCGCGCGCAGCGCGGUCGGCUGCCGUCGUAGUGACGUUGCUGCAGGCCGCCGCCGAAAAGGAAAUCGGGGCGGAGGAGGGUCUGCGCUUCCGGCAUACCGCCAAUGGGGCGAAGCUGCUGGAGUGUCCCGGUGCCAAUAGUUCUGGCAUCGCAGACAAACUAGUAGCGACGCUCCGCGUGGCACUGCCGGAGGAAGACGUGCGCGUGCACAGGCCGGCAAGUAAACCGUCUCGGUCAAAAGACUUCAACGCGCUUAUCUGA